AUGUCUUCUUCAUCUUCAGCAAGUACCAGUACUACUGAUGCCUCUACUCUCCGCCGAAAUCGUAUUCUCUCUAGCAAGCUCUAUUUUGACGUUCCUCUUCUUAAGGUGCCGCUAAUUUACUCGACGGCAUAUGAUAUUUCGUUUCUUGGCAUGGAAAAACUGCACCCAUUUGAUUCUUCCAAAUGGGGUCGUAUAUGUCAAUUCCUCAUUAUGGAUGGUGUUCUAGACAAAAAGAGUAUUGUUGAGCCUCUAGAAGCUUCGAAGGAUGAUCUCCUUGUGGUUCAUUCGGAGUCAUAUUUGAGCAGUCUAAAGAGCAGUCCAAAUGUUGCCAUGAUAAUUGAGCAAAAGGUUCUUUACCCUUUUCGCAAGCAGGUCGGGGGAACUGUUCUGGCAGCAAAAAUUGCAAAUGAGCGAGGAUGGGCCAUCAAUGUUGGAGGAGGGUUCCAUCACUGUUGUAGUGAAAGAGGAGGUGGAUUUUGUGCUUAUGCAGACAUUUCUCUGUGCAUCCACUUUGCCUUUAAUCGGCUUGAUAUAUCAAAGGUGAUGAUAAUUGACCUUGAUGCACACCAAGGAAACGGCCAUGAAAGGGAUUUUGCUGAUGACAGACGAGUUUAUAUUCUGGAUAUGUACAACCCUGGAAUAUAUCCUUUUGAUUAUGAAGCAAGGAGAUACAUUGAUCAGAAGGUUGAAGUAGUGAGUGGUACAAAAACAGAUGAGUACUUGGCAAAACUUGAUGAAGCACUUGAGGUUGCUGGUAAAAUGUUUGAUCCUGAGUUGGUGGUCUUCAAUGCCGGCACUGAUAUCCUAGAUGGAGAUCCAUUAGGCAGUCUAAAGAUUAGCCCUGAUGGAAUAACUAGCAGAGAUGAGAAGGUUUUCAGGUUUGCUCGUGAAAAGAAUGCCUCUCUUGUCAUGUUGACAUCAGGUGGUUACAUGAAGUCCAGUGCCAGAGUCAUAGCAGAUUCGAUAGUAAACCUCUCAAAACAAUGCUUGAUAAAUCUAAGCAGUUCUAGCCUAACCUCUCUCGAUUGGCUUGCUCGCUGGCUUGGGCUGCGCCACUCAGAAUCUGACCAGCUGUUCACCGAUGAGGUGGAGUGGAAAGAAAUUUAA